GGGUGAGUUUUAGCUGCGAGUGUGUCGUUGCCAAAGAUGUCUUGGGCGAACUCGGGGUGGCGGGGCAGGAAGACCCGGGACUGGAGGCUGGAGCAGGGUCGGGACUUGUGCUUCACUGGGCCCGGCGUCCCGGGGCGCUCUUGGCGUGCUUGACCCAAAGCGACGCUGUUUUCAUUUUCUUUCUUCCCUUCCCACACACUUCAGGGUCUCAAGCAACCCAGACUGGUCUUGAAUUGUUAUGUAGCUGAGGCCAACCUUGAGCAUCUGAUCCUCUUGGCUUCUCCUUCCUAUCGCUGAGCUGGUAGGCUGGAGACAGUUGUUUGGGUGCCAACAUCAACAAACGAUUUCUGUAGUUUAGCGUUUAUGACCCUGGCGUGAAGAUUUAAGUAAUCCAGGAUGGCUACUCUGAUCUUUGUUGAUAAGGAUAACGAAGAGCCAGGCAGCCGUUUGGCAUCUAAGGAUGGAUUGAAGCUGGGCUCUGGUGUCAAAGCCUUAGAUGGGAAAUUGCAGGUUUCAACGCCACGAGUCGGCAAAGUGUUCGGUGCCCCAGGCUUGCCUAAAGCCAGCAGGAAGGCUCUGGGAACUGUCAACAGAGUUACUGAAAAGCCAGUGAAGAGUAGUAAACCCCUGCAAUCGAAACAGCCGACUCUGAGUGUGAAAAAGAUCACCGAGAAGUCUACUAAGACACAAGGCUCUGCUCCUGCUCCUGAUGAUGCCUACCCAGAAAUAGAAAAGUUCUUCCCCUUCGAUCCUCUAGAUUUUGAGAGUUUUGACCUGCCUGAAGAGCACCAGAUCUCACUUCUCCCCUUGAAUGGAGUGCCUCUCAUGAUCCUGAAUGAAGAGAGGGGGCUUGAGAAGCUGCUGCACCUGGACCCCCCUUCCCCUCUGCAGAAGCCCUUCCUACCGUGGGAAUCUGAUCCGUUGCCGUCUCCUCCCAGCGCCCUCUCCGCUCUGGAUGUUGAAUUGCCGCCUGUUUGUUACGAUGCAGAUAUUUAAACGUCUUACUCCUUUAUAGUUUAUGUAAGUUGUAUUAAUAAAGCAUUUGUGUGUAUGCUCUGACUACCUAACCCAAA